GAAGAGCAGGAGGGGGGCAGCGUUCUGAAAUGCCGACUUGCGGGCGUGUGUGACAUUUUGAUAGUGUGUCUUCUCGAUAAUUUUCGUUAUGUAUCGAUUUAAUACAUAGAUAUUUGUGAUAAAUGGAGUUUACCGAAAAUAGUUCUACAAACUUUCUGUAAGAUAGUAGAAAGAUAUGGAUGCUUCAGUGAUAGAAAUUCUUCAACAAGCGGGUAGUCAAGAUCCUAAUAUUUUGAAACCUGCUGAGCAAACGUUGAAACAGUGGGAAACUGAAAGAGGAUUCUAUACUGCAUUAUUCAAUGUAUUUUCCAAUCAUUCCUUGAGUGUCAAUAUUAGAUGGAUGGCCAUUUUGUGUUUUAAAAAUGGUGUUGAUAGAUAUUGGAGAAAAAGUGCACCAGGUGCAAUUGCAGAGGAUGAGAAGGCAUUUCUUAGGCAACGUUUAAUAUCAAAUUUUGAGGAACCUGUAAAUCAGUUAGCUGUACAAUUGGCAGCUCUAAUUGCUAAGAUUGCAAGAUAUGAUUGUCCUAGAGAAUGGGAUACAUUAAUUCCUACAUUACUGGAUGUCAUAAGUGGACAAAAUCCUCUAGCCCAACAUAGAGCACUAUUAACAUUACAUCAUGUUGUUAAGUCUUUAGCUUCUAAAUGCUUACUCCCAGACAAACGAAUGUUCCAAGAAUUAACCAUUAAUGUGUUCAAUUUUAUUUUGAAUUUAUGGAACACUUUCACCGAAUCAUUUCUUAUAAUGGCGUCAAAUGGAACAGAUACGAAUCAGAUACAGGAAGCUUUAGAAAAAGCAUUACUUUUAUUGAGAAUACUUAGAACGCUUAUUGUACAUGGAUUCGACACACCUUCGAAAUCUCAGGAUGCUAUGGUGUUUUUAGAAAUUGUUUUUGAACGUGCAAAAGCUUGUCUUGAAUGCCGGAAAACGUUAAUUUCAAGGGGUAUACAGAUGGAAGUAUGCGACAAAUUUAUAAUCCACUUGACCAAAGUAUUACUAGGAGUGUUAGAAAUACGUCCAUUUUACUAUGUUGAACUAAUACCAACGUUCUUCGAAUUUUGUGUUUUUUACUGUUUCACGGAGGCUGGUCAAAGUUUAGCUUUCGAGAGAUUUAUUAUUCAGUGUUUAAAUUUAAUAAAGAGCGUGAUUACAUUACCUCACUUUCACAGAUUUGGCAAGCUUAAACCUGCAGAAGAUGCAGUAUUUUCGCUGCCAGACGUAAUGGAUAGAACACGCCAUUUAAAGCAAAAAUUUUGUACACCCGAAAUCUUAACUGAAAUCUGUUCAAGACUCGUAACGCAUUAUUUUCUUCUAACUCCUUCUGAUUUGGAGUUAUGGGACACAGACCCGGAAAACUUUUUUGUUGAUGAUGGUGGUGAAUCGUGGAGAUACAGUUUGAGGCCUUGUACAGAGUCUGUAUUUUUAGCAAUUUUCCAUGAGUUUAGAGAUGUUUUUGCAUCGGUUUUAGUUGAGUUGAUGCAAAGACACCAUCAACCUGUAGAUCCUAAUAAUUUACACGCUAUUCUAUUAAAAGAUGCGGUGUAUAACGCUGUGGGUUUGGCUGCUUUUGACUUAUACGAUGAGGUAAACUUUGAUCAGUGGUUCUCAACUACUUUGAAAGAAGAAUUGAAAAUUCGGAGUAACAAUUAUAGAAUUAUUAGAAGACGCGUGUGCUGGCUUAUUGGACGGUGGACAAGUGUUAAAUUAAGCGCGGAAUUAAGACCAGAAUUGUAUGAACUUAUGGUCGAAGUUUUAAGCCCUGAUGAGGACUUGGGUGUUCGUUUAGCGGCAAGUGAUGCAUUGAAACUCGCGAUAGAUGAUUUUCAAUUUAAUCCAGAAGAAUUCUCUCCUUAUUUAGAACCAGCAUUUUCUUUAUUGUUUUCUCUAUUAAAAGAAGUGAAAGAAUGUGAUACCAAGAUGCAUGUUUUAUAUGUGUUAUCGUUUAUGAUCGAACGUGUCGGUAGCGAAAUAAACCCACAUGUUGGGGUUCUCAGUUCAUAUUUACCAGAACUUUGGCAGCAAUCUGAAGAACACAAUAUGUUAAGAUGUGCUAUAAUUUCAACCCUCAUACAUUUAGAGCAGGCCUUAGGUUCUGAAAGUGUUAUCUUAGAACCAUUGGUAGUAGGUGUUGUUCAAUUCAGUUGUGACGUUAAUCAAGAUGGUCAUGUUUAUUUGUUAGACGAUGGGUUACGGUUAUGGUUAACUUUGUUGGAAAAUGCACGUGUUGCAACACCAGCUAUAAUGGAUUUGGCUAAAAAUAUUCCUGCAUUAUUGGAAAAAUCCACAGAAAAUUUCAAAUUGUGUUUGUACAUAGUUCAAGCAUAUAUACUUUUAAGCCCACAAGAAUUUCUCAGCCAAAGGGGAGCAGUUAUUAUCGAGACGCUUAGGUCGCUCAUGGCAGACUUAAGAUCAGAUGAAUUAACAAUAACUUUGACGAUAUUCGAAACAUGCAUCUGCGCUUCUUCUCGGCAAGGUGCAGAGCUGAUUAAACCCGUUUUAGUAAAUAUAUUUGAGAGUGUGAGCGUGUAUAAGGCAGAUUCCCCUCCAUCAGUGAUAUUGUUUAUGCGUUUAUGUAUCGUGGCAAGAAUUUUAUGGCUUCAUAAAGAUAUUUUUAUACAGGUAAUAAGCGAAUUAACCAGAAAACUGGGAGGAAUCGAAGGAAAAGAAGACGCUGUAUUUGAACAAAUAAUACGCGUAUGGCUUAUGGUAGGGGUAUUCUCGGCCGACAGAGGCAGAUGUAAAUUAUUAGCUCUCGCGCUCUGUUCACUCCUCGGAGCUAAUUGUCCUCCUAGCGUCCUUGAACAUUUCCCACAAAUAAUAUCUAAAAUUGUCCAUGUUCUUAACGAUAUAACUCCUUUCGAUAAAUCAGACUGCGACCGUAUAGGAUUUGCCAUUGAAUCUUUAUCGAUUAGCGAACAAUCUAGUCCAUCGCAAUACGAGGAUGAUGAUUACGGAAAUGCACACGAACAGCGAACCAGAAAACUUUACUUCAUUGAUCCUCAGAACUGUACGUCUUUAAAAAGUACAUUACAAAAUCAGUUACUUACGUUACGGAGAUUCAUUGGAGAUAACCAAUUUAAUCAAUUGAUGUCAACUCUUAACCCCGAAAUUGACGAACAACUUAAGCGUUAUGUAUCUCUAUGAAAAAGGAGCAAGUCAAAUUAAGGAAAAAAAAUGAUUCAGUCAAACGCUAUAUUACGUGUAAAAAAGCUUUAUGGCGCGCUAUUGUAAAACGGCACUAUCUUAUUGUAUAAUACUAGCUGUUUCACUGUACUAAUAAUGUUGCUAAUAAAAAACAAACUAUGUCAUUUCA